CUGACGUCUCCAGAGUCAGGCUGAUGUAAGGCUCAUAGAGACAUGGCAGCUCCCUGAAGGGCAAAAAGCACAUUGCCUCCCUCUCUGCCCUUCCCUUCUGUCAACUCUCUCCCUCUGCAUGUCCCCCUCUCUUCUCACCCCAGCACAGCCUAAAGCAGAUUUGUUUUACCCAGCUUGUUUAUCUAUGUCUUUAUUGCUCUCUCCUGGUCCCUCCUUGACUUCGAUAUUGCAACACUGACUGUCAAAAACAGAUGACCCGGGCUUGGCAUGCGUGUAUGUGUGUGUACCAGGAGUGGGAAGGCUCUAACCUGGCGCUAUUAAUACCACCUAAUGAACAUAAGCUGUAGGGUAGGUUAUCCUCUUACAUUUGUUGGCCGGACGACUGAGGGGAGGAGUAAAGCGCGAGUGAAAGAGGAGGGAAAACUGUGCUGUAUUUUCACAUUGAGGGCGCUCUCUUUACCAAGCUGCAGUGCCUUGUCUCUCCCUCUAUUGCUCCACUGAGUAGAAGAAAUAGAAAGCUAAACUGAUGUUAAAAGUUUCGUUUCUCAUCUUAUCUAAUUCCCCUCAUAUUGCCCAACCUCUAACUCUGUCUCUCUGGAUGUGUUGCAUCAGAGGGCAGUGCUGUUAAAUGCUCUAUUGUGCGUGAGUGUGUAUUUAUACUGAGUAUACUUGUUGGCAGUAAUAUUGGAUUAAAACACACACUGCGUAAUACACACAGUGGGAGCCUCCCAUAUCUUUCUCCAGUUAUGCACUCUCUACCAUCCUACUCAGGAGCUAGAAUAUCUGGUUGUUGGACUCUAAGAUCUGAUGGCAGUGGAGGUGGUGAGGGAUCACUGGACCGGCUUCUCCCCGUGGUAACCACAGGCCUUUCACCCAGGAAACGGACCACCAGCCAGUGCAAGUCUGAGCCUCCUCUCCUACGCACCUCCAAAAGAACCAUCUACACCGCCGGCCGCCCCCCCUGGUACAACGAGCAUGGAGCACAGUCCAAAGAGGCCUUCGUCAUUGGUCUGUGUGGCGGCAGCGCUUCAGGAAAGACAACCGUAGCUAGGAAAAUAAUUGAAGCUCUAGAUGUGCCAUGGGUUGUCUUACUCUCAAUGGACUCUUUCUACAAGGUCCUGUCCCCAGAUCAGCAGACUAUGGCUGCCAGUAACGACUACAACUUUGACCACCCUGAUGCCUUUGACUUCGAUCUGCUGAGCCACACCCUGCGCAAACUCAAGCAGGGCAAGAGUGUGAAAAUCCCCGUGUAUGACUUUACAACUCAUGGGAGGCAGAAGGAGUGGAAAACUGUGUAUGGAGCCAGUGUUAUCAUCUUUGAGGGAAUCAUGGCCUUCGCCGAUAAAAAGCUCUUGCAGUUGCUGGACAUGAAGAUCUUUGUGGACACAGACUCUGACAUCCGGCUGGUGCGUCGGUUGAGGAGAGACAUCACAGACCGAGGCCGAGACAUCGAGGGCGUCAUCAAACAGUACAACAAGUUUGUAAAGCCAGCGUUUGAGCAGUACAUUGAACCCACCAUGCGGCUGGCAGAUAUUGUGGUGCCACGGGGCGGUGGCAACAUGGUGGCCAUCGAUUUGAUUGUGCAGCAUGUCCACAGUCAGCUGGAGGAGAGGAAACUCCGCUGGGAUAUAGCAGCACUGGCUUCUGCACACCAGGCCCAACCCCUCCCCCAGACCCUCAGUGUUCUGGACAGCACACCCCAGGUUAAGGGCAUGCACACCAUCAUCAGAAACAAGGAAACCAGCCGCGAUGAGUUCAUCUUCUACUCCAAGAGGCUGAUGCGUCUGCUGAUUGAGCGAGCACUCUCCUUCCUCCCCUCGCAGGUCCACUUAGUGCAGACCCCCCAGGGAGAGGAUUAUGAAGGCAGGACUUUUGACGGGAGGAGGAUUACAGGCGUGUCCAUCCUGCGCGCCGGGGAGACCAUGGAGCCUGCUCUGAGGGCGGUGUGCAAAGAUGUCCGCAUCGGCAAAAUCCUCAUCCAAACCAACCAGGACACAGGAGAACCAGAGCUUCAUUACCUGCGUCUACCAAAAGAAAUCAGUGAAGACCACGUGAUCCUGAUGGACUGCACUGUGUCCACGGGAGCUGCUGCCAUGAUGGCUGUGCGAGUCCUCCUGGACCAUGACGUUCAGGAGAACAAGAUCCUGCUCGUGUCCUUGCUAAUGGCAGAGAUGGGAGUCCAUUCGGUGGCGUACGCAUUCCCACAGGUCAAAAUCAUCACCACUGCUGUCGACAAGAAAGUCAACGACCUCUUCCACAUCAUACCUGGCAUUGGAAACUUUGGGGAUCGAUACUUUGGAACAGAUGCACCCCCUGACUGGAGCGACGACGAGAUGGAUGAGCCCAGUUAUUGAUUGCAUUUUUAGCAGUGUACUAAGUUAUUAGGUGAUUCAGAGCCGUGCAUUUCGGAGGACAGUAUGAGGACGUACCCUUUGCUGCUGUUGGGCUGUAACGUGUCCUCCAAACCAAACCGGGAGCCCUGACAAAUCAACUGAAACAGAACAAAACAUUGCUUGUCACCUUGUUUGAAUUUUAAAGUAUAUUAUUUUAUCUCAUGUAAAUGCUGUUGUGAAAAGUUGAGUUAUUUUUACAUGUACAUUUAGUCCAAAUAUUUUAUUUUACUUUUUAAAUUAAUGCAAUAUCUGAAACUUGCUGGCAUGUUGCUUCGACAAUAAAUCUUUAGCCUUAAGCCGUGUACUGUGUAGACGACACUGAAUGUGAAUUUGCACGUGCCGUAAAAGGAAAAGACAUCAAGCUUUUAAGGUUAUUUUAAACCAUAUUCCUCACAACUUUCUCAAAAGUAAAAUCGGAACAUGAACUUGUGUUGCUCAACUUCCAUCGCCGUAGGCACUUUCUGAAGACCAUUCGAUCGAAACAAUGCGUGGGUGUAGCCGUCUUUCUUUCAGCUCUCUGGUUCACACUUUUUCCACUUUGUGAAUGCUGACCCAACCAGUUAGGUUAGAAAAGCCUUUUUCAGUUUACAGCCAAAAGUAUGCACAUGUGGUGUAUAUUUAUGCAGCAUAUCAUUCAUUUACAUAUUUCUAUGUAUAGACCUGACCAGUCAGCAGGCAAGUUAUGUAUCUGAUAUUUAUACUUAGUAUUGAAAUGAAUGUGGUCGGUCUGUUAAAGUUGGUGCCCCUUUAUCUUUUUUGAAAUGUUUGCCAGGGUUUGGUCACACCCCACAAUGUUGGUUCAUUUGGUUAUUUGAACUGUUGCAAUGAGAAAUCGGAAGAAGAGGAAUGUUGAAUAUCAUUUUGAAAUUGAAAUGUAGUUUCAUUAAUAGGAUCUUCAACAAGUUCACAAUUAAUUAUAAUUAUGUAUUGCAUCAUUUGUUUACAAAAAAAUCAUUAUAUAGGCCUUUAUAUACUGUAUGAUAAUUUAAAAAGCUAUUUAUUUUUACUUUUUCUUUUUACAUUUAUUUGACAAAAACAACUGUACACCCUUAAGGGGAACAAAAUACUAACGUGAACAUGCUACUUGUAGCCACGUUAGCUAUAAAAGCACUGUUACUACUGUCGGCGGUUACUGCUGAAUACAACCGUUAAUGAGUCAUUGAACUGAACAUUCAUCCAUUGUGUUUUGACUGCGUGCUGUUAUGUGUUUACUGCUGCUGCAUGUUUUUAUAUGUUAAAUAAAAGUGCAGUUUAGCUUUUCAAAUGG